AUGGAAGCAUACUUAUUUGUGAUUUGUAUCGUAAUUUUCACUGGGUCGUAUUCUUCACCAACCACGGACGAUUCACCUGAGUUGACUUUAAAAGUCUUGAUACAUCAAACUACGUUGCUACUGGACCACGUCACAAAGCUUAAAAAAGUGGCGGCCGAGCAAAGAAAUUCAUCAAAAAUCUAUGAUGGAACUUGUUCAACUUUGUCCGAAAGAUUGACACCGCCGAUGCAAGUGAUUCAAAUAUUCAAAAAUUGCAACGAGAUUUACGAAGCCGGACAUUUUGCAAGUGGAGUAUACAGCAUUCAUCUUUUUCAUGGCCAAACUUCCAUUAACGUUUUUUGUGACAUGGAAACAGUUGGAUCAUUUUCUAAUAAGCGUGGGUGGAUUAUCAUUCAACAAAGGAUGAAUGGAAGAGUAAAUUUCGAUCGCGGCUGGAAUGACUAUGUCGAUGGAUUCGGAUUUCCUGAUGACGAGCAAUGGCUUGGUCUUCGAAAUAUACUGAGAAUAACAAAUCAGAAAAAGAUAGGUAAAUAUGAUACCUCAAAUACAAUUCUGCGGAUUGAAUUGGAAGAUUGGGAUGGUGUUAAAGCAUUUUUGGAAUACAGCUCUUUUGCCUUAACUUCUGAGCAAUACGACUUCCAAAUAAGAAAUUUGGGUCCUCACAACGCAACGCCGGGAAUUGGCAACUAUAUGGCAUUCAGUAUGCACAUUCGUUUCAGCACAUCUGACCAUAACAACGAUGCGUGGAGACGCGCCAAUUGUGUGAAAUCUCAGAGAGGCGGAUGGUGGUUCGGCUAUUGUGGACAUAUAAACUUGAAUGGAGUCUACUCACAUAAAAGAGAGAAGAUAAGCAACCAAAAAAUAUUCGUCCGUAACUGGAGAAUUUUGAAUCCGAAUAACACAGCUUUUCGUUAUGUGUCAAUGAAGUUGCAGUAA